AUGAAGACUACUCAAGAAACAUCAGGACCUGCUUUGAGUAAAGACCUCCAAAGUUGGCCUCAAGAAACAGUACUAGCCAUUGGAACACUUGGAAACAAUCUCUUCUCCAAAGAAGAAGAAGAAAAAGAAGAUGAAGCAGAUUCUAGCAAAGAUCUCACUAGGGUUAACACAGAUGUUACUAUCGGAAAGAAGAAAUCGCUCUCUUUUCUUCUCAAGAUGUUUGUUUGCACAAAUGGCUUCAAAAUCCCACCUCCUCCUCUUGAUUUGUCUACAGGAGAUUCAGUUCCCAACACACGUAUGGAAAAGAUGCUGAAGACAAUACUCAACAAGAAAAUACAUCCACAACAUUCAAAUGCUAUAGCAAAGAUGUAUUUGGAGAAUCAUAAGACUAUAAGCUCGUCCAAGUGUUGA